AAGGUUCAAAAAGUCCCACUGUCAGCUAUCAAACAGUCAAACUGUCUACUUCAAAGAGGAAAAAUUCUAACCUCCUGUCACAGAACAUGCACUGUCAAAAAUCUGUGACAUCAUAUCAUAAACAACAUAACCAGUCCAGGCCAUAUCUUGGGGUUCGAGUGAAGGAACCAGUCAAAGAACUCUUGAAAAGAAAGAGAGGAAAUGUUAAUGGUGGUAAUGCUGAAACACCCAUGGUCGCAUCAACUUACCAGUCAUUUCCUUCCUUCACCCCAGUAGUUUCAAAUGUUACUGAUUUGUCCUAUGUUGACACGGAACUUACCACAUCCCCACUCCCCAUCCACGACGAGGGAACCUUUUACACAAGCUGGAUUUCUCAGCCACCAACUGCAACAUUUCAGCCAAUAACCCAGUGGACAGCAUGCCCAGAAUAUAUUUCACAUGAAACAGUUAGCUGCCCGUACACUGGAGAUAUGUACGUCCAGCCAAUGUGUCAAGGAUAUACUGUGGUUGGACCACCUUCUGUGCUGACGUACACUUCACAACCACUACUAACAAACUUUGCAACAAGAAGCACCGCUCCAGGCAUAGCUACCCAAAUUGAAUAUACAGAGCAACAAACACCAUUUACCUAUUUUCCAUGGGCCCAACCAAUUCCCACUCUUCCUGCAACAACCCACACAAUACCUUACCAACCAACUCCAACCCCAUUCCAAGGACAGCAGUUUGUCCCCAUACCCAUUUCUGUACCGGAUCCUGUACCGCAAGAACAGAACGAUACAAGAAGAGAACUGAGCAGUAUGCCAAUCGAGAAGUUACUGCAAGAAGAUGAAGAAAAUGAUUCUUAUGCCAUACAUCAUACUCUUUCAAUCGCAGGCCUUUAAAUGCCUUCACACCUGGGAAACUGUGGAGAGGAGAUUUUGGAAUGCUGUUUAUAAUAAGGAAUGUUUGUAAUGUAUUAAUAAAGUAUUGUAGGAA